AUGGACACUGUCAUCACCCAAGCGCUUUCUGCACUCUCUGCUGCUCUCUUCGCCCUCUAUGUCGGCAGACACAUCAUCAAGGCUCAGUUACCUCUAUGGCUGAGACCAUUUGCCCAAGAAACUGAGCCGGAUGGGCUCAAACGGCGCUUUUGGUCCCUCUGGACCUUGCCCUUGCUUCUCAUCAGCGUGGCAGGGCUUGUUCUCUCCUUUGUCCCCGUCAUCAUCAACCCUACUCGCUACUUGUAUCUCUGGGAAAUGGUUCCCUGGGCUUCGGCUCUCUUCAUCACCAUGAUUGAUCGACCAACCAAGACUCCUCGACUCUUGUUGAUCCAAUAUGUGGCCAUUCUGGCUGCCAGCACCGCCAUGUAUGCCAUCCGGUUCCUGGAACGCACCUUGCACAGCAUCGAUCACUUUCGAAUUGCCAGGAUGGUUCUCUGCCUCUUGUCCAUUAUCCUCAUCGGCAUGAUGCCUCUUCGCGAGCCUUCAUGGGGCAACAAGGAUAUUGGCCAAGCAGGCGGCCAGCCGUCGCGCAAUCUUCGCAGCCCAGAGGACGAUCUGAGUCUCUUUCGCUUCUGGUCCAUGAGCUGGGUCAACCCCCUAGCCCUCCUCUGCCGCAAGAGGGAAAUCACAGAGGAAGACGUCUGGCAGCUCCCUUACGAAUUCCAGCAUUCGCGCCUGUACAUGGCCUUUCGCGACCUUCAGGGCAAGCUUCUCUUGUGCCUCAUCGAGGCCAAUGGCCUUGACUUGUCGAUUGCCACGUUGCUCGCCGUGUCUGAGAGAGUUGCCGAGGUAUCCAACAUUCGACUGACGAGUAAGCUGUACAACGCUCUGGAUUCUGGCAAUCCCGCCGAUGCUACUUUUUGGUGUCUGGUAAUGCUAGUCCUCGACGUCUUUCGCCAGCUGUGCAAGACGACAUCCUCUUGGUACUCUCGCAAGGCUUACGAGCGGUCUCGUGGAGAGGCUUUCAUCGCUCUCUUCGGCAAGCUCUUGACUCGUGCAGUUCCAGGCUCCGAUGUGACAGAGAAAGGCGCCGAUGAAGAAGCAGAAAGUGCUCAGGCAGCUAAUGGAAAAUCCAAAACCUUCUUUGGCAGAAUGCUUUGGAAGAUGUCUGGUCCUCCCAAGCAGAGCUCCAAGGCAGUCGCCGGUCCAGCCUCCAACGCCAAAGUCGUUAAUCUGGUCCGAGGAGAUACGUAUGAAAUCUCGCAGCGGUUUUGGGACUUUUCAAAGCUCGUCGCCCAGCCCAUCAAGGUCAUUGUUACCAUGUACUAUCUCAUUGACAUCAUGGGCUGGCCUUCAGCCAUUGGUUUCGUGCUCAUGAUUGUGUUCCUGACUAUUAAUUCGAUACUGGUUCGUAAGUUAAUCAAGCUUGAACGGCUGCGGACAACCAUUUCAGAUAAACGCGCACAGGCUGUCUCUCACUUCGUCGAGGCCAGUCGUCCGCUCAAGCUCAACGGCUGGACAGCCACCUGGAGUGCUAGAAUCAUGAAAUUCCGAGACAUGGAAAUGGCCAAGCGACUGAGUCUCGCCCACGUCUCUGCUGCCAUCUCUACUGUAAGCGUCACCGGUGGAACGUCCUACCCCCUGGCCAGCAUCGCCUUGUAUACCCUCAUCCUGCGGCAGGGUCUGCCCAACGAUGUCAUUUGGCCGUCGCUGCAGCUGUUUUCCCAGUUGGAAAUGAGCGUCAAGGAAGCUUUUGAUCUCAUCUCUGCCUACUGGAAAGCCACCAUCCCCAUUGAGCGAGUCAACAAGUACAUGAGCGAGCCGGACAGAGACGACAUCUCCAACAACGCCAGCAGCGUCACAGACAUCGAGUUCCGUAACGCAUCCUUCUCGUGGCCUUCGACUGACAAGCUUAUCCUCCGAGGCCUCAGCUUCAAGUUCACCAAGGGCCUUACCGUCAUUCGAGGCAAGGUCGGCUCCGGCAAAUCCAGUCUUCUCCUCGCUGCCCUCAAUGAGAUGGAGCUUCAUGAAGGCGACCUCAUUCGACCCGAUGUCCCCGUGGCCUAUGCCCAACAGCUUCCGUGGCUACAGAACAAGACGAUAAGGGAAAAUAUUGUCUUCCACCAGCCGUUUGACUCAUCGAGAUACCGCCAGGUUCUUCAUGCAUGCGCUCUCCUACCCGACCUCGCCUCGCUCCCCGACGGCGAUCAAACAAAGCUUGAAGAAGGCGGCGUCGGACUCUCAGGUGGCCAAAAGGCUCGCGUCGCCCUGGCUAGAGCAGUGUACAGCCAAUGCAGGAUUCUGCUCCUUGAUGAUCCGCUGGCUGCUCUGGAUCAUGAUACUGCUACUGCCAUUGUCCGCCGCUUUCUCCAGGGUCCUCUUGCCGAGGGCCGUACCAUUGUCAUGGUGACUCAUCGAGAUGAUCUUGUUCUCCGUAUUGCCGACCAGGUGAUUGAUCUCGCUGAUGGACAGGCAACAGUGCUCUCAGAGGAGCAGGUGAAGCAAGAGCUUGAGCACCCCUAUCACGAAGGCGAAAAGACGGCGCAUGAUGACACCGAGACGGCCCACGACAUCCGCGCCGAGGAUAUUGUUGUUCUCAAGGACGCACCGGAAGAACCAGCAAAAACAGGAAGCGUAUCUCUCAGCGUAUAUACCGAAUACAUCAAGGCCAGUGGAUGGCAUCUUUGGAUCUUUCUUGGAUUUGCAUACGGCGCAUCUCGAUUCCUCGACAUAUCAAGAGCCCGACUACUUGAGUCUUGGGGCGCGGAUUCUGUUGGAGAUGGCACAAGAAGCUCCUACUGGGGCCUCCCUGAACCAGAUUCCCACCCUGUCCCUUGGCUUCUCGUGCUGGCCGGCCUCUCCGCAGGCCAGAUUCUGACAUAUGCGACCGCCCAGCUCCUCCUCGCUCGAAUCGGCGUCAGGGCAGCUCAGGGCCUAUUCAAGGGUGCCAUUGACAAGGUUAGCCGGGCGACAUUCCGCUAUCACGACACAACGCCGACAGGUCAGCUUAAGAACCGACUCAUCGCCGACAUGGGCAUGGUGGACGGCGGCAUUGUGGCGCCCCUGGAGUCGUUUGUCUUCAACCUGAUUGCCUUGGUCAUGAGCAUGGUGGCCAUUGCCUCUCACCAGCCGCUGCUACUCGCGAUUCUCGCCGUCGUUGCUAUACUUUUUGUCUACUUCUUUAGAACUUACGUCCCCGUGUCGCGAUGCCUCCGCCGCAUGGAGAUGCGAUAUCUCACGCCCAUCAUCGCCAACAUUGGUGUUAUGCAGGACGGUCUCGUCACCAUCCGAGCUUUGCGAGUGGAAAGGCACUUCCAAGACCGCCAUCUCGAUGCAGUCGACGACUUUCAGAAGCAAGACCACUUCUUUUGGAGCAUGGCAUUUUGGCUUGAUUUCCGCCUUAGCCUGAGUUCCGUCGUGACUCGCACCGCGUUGAUUCUGUUCAUGAUUUGGCGGAGGAUGCCGGCCAGCGCCGUUGGUUUCGUGUUGACGCAGACGGUUAUUGCCAUGUCUGCUGUGCAGCAACUCUGCGAGCGGUUCGCCCAGUUGCAGCUUGACGCCGUUUCUCUGGAGCGAGUUAACAUGCUGAACCAGAUCCCGGAGGAGCCCAAAGGCGAGCAAGAUCCCCCUGAAGACUGGCCCAGACCCUGCGACGAUGUCAGAUUUGAGCAGAUGUCCUUCAAGUACGACGAGCAUCUACCGUCUGUACUGGAUAAAGUGUCGUUUGAGAUUCCCGGAGGUUCGACAUGUGCCGUCCUGGGUCGUACCGGAUCUGGAAAGUCGACCAUUGCCAAUGCUCUCCUCAUGACACAGGCACCCUUUGAGGGAACCCUCAAGGUAGGCAGCGUUGAUCUGUCUCAAGUCGAUCGUACGGCGCUACGAAAUCGCAUCACCUUUAUUCAACAGGAUCCGACUCUCUUCCCUGGCACUCUGCGCGAUAACAUCGACCCAGGCGCCGACUUCUCCAACGAGGACUGUUUGAACGCGAUCCACCGCGUUCUCGGGCCAGAAUGGAAUCUCGAAUCGCACAUUGAUGCCGCGGGCAAGAACCUCAGCCAAGGUCAACGGCAGCUUGUAGGCAUUGCCCGCGCGGUGCUUCGUCGAAGCGGGUUGGUCAUUCUGGACGAGGCGACUGCAUCGAUUGACCGUGCUACGGCCGCGACUGUGCAGCGAAUCUUGCGGUCGGAGUUGUCUGAGAGCACGGUGAUUACGAUUGCGCACCGGCUAGAGGCUGUGGAGGAUGCGACGUGGUGUUUGCGGUUGGAUCAUGGGCGGGUUGUUGAGUGUGGACCAGCGAGGGAUUUGGCGCGAGGGGGUGCUGGGGAUGAUGAGUGA